AGAGAGAGAGAGAGAGAGAGAGCGGCUUCUGCCGUUCGAAGAAACCGUGAGAGCCAAAAGGGCACAGGAGAGUAGAUAGCCUUUAUAUAUUUAUUUAUAUCUGUGAUACCGACACUGAUAUACAUCGAUCUAUCCCGGGAGUACACGUCGGUAGAGGGAGAAAGACGAAUCGAGGAGAAUAGAGCGGAAGAAAACAAGAGGAAAGGAGAAAAUACUGUUCUCUACGCCGAUAUACGCGUUCGCAUGUAUAUCGCGAAUAGUGGAGCGACGUUGCGCGUGUACGAAGUAUAAAGCAAUCGCCAAGUGCCUGCCUGGAACGAAGAUUUAUAUCAGUAUCUCUUAGUGUAUAUAGAUGUUUUUGUAUAUACGACUGACUCUUUUUUACAAUUAUUGAUACCGAGUUAAGGGAAGAUCGUUCCACCGUCGUUAGUCGAGGGAAAAGGGAACCGAAUAGGAAUUUGAAUUUCUGCGACGCCGAUACCGUGUCGCGGACAAAAAUGGUGGAGAAAAUCUUGGAAGAGAGAGAGGACGGGUGUUUGGAGGCUAACAGAGAGGAUACGGGUUGCAUCGGUCGCGGAGACACCGUGAACAAGUCGGGGGAAUCGAUGAGCGCGGUGCAAGCUCGUCAGGAGGAAGCCAGACGCAAGAGGCGCAAGAAGAAGCGUUCCGGAUCUUCGUUGAUGUCUUCUUGCUUCCAAGAACUGUACAAAUUGACCGGCGAGGUUCUUGGAGAGGGUGCUUACGCCUCGGUACAGACGUGCAGAUCCCUCUACACGGAUCUGGAGUAUGCGGUGAAAAUAAUAGACAAAAUACCUGGUCACGCGCGGACGCGCGUAUUCAAAGAGGUCGAAACGUUCCAUCAUUGUCAGGGGCAUCCGAACAUCAUACAAAUGAUCGAGUUCUUCGAGGACGAAGAGAAAUUUUAUCUUGUAUUCGAGAAGGUCAACGGAGGUCAAUUGUUGAGCCGUAUCCAAGAAAGGAUCCACUUCAGCGAGUGGGAAGCGAGUCAGAUAAUCAAAGAGAUAGCCAGCGCGUUAAAUUUUCUUCACAAAAAAGGAAUCGCCCACAGGGACCUAAAGCCCGAGAACAUAUUGUGCGUGUGUCCCGACAAGCUGACGCCGAUCAAGGUCUGCGACUUCGAUCUCGGUUCCGGCAUCAAGUUCAACAACUCGCUGUCCAGUCCUGUGGCGACGCCGCAGCUUUUGACGCCGGUGGGAAGCGCGGACUUCAUGGCCCCGGAGGUGGUCGAAGCUUUCAUCGGCGAAGCGAAUUAUUACGAUAAACGUUGCGAUCUUUGGAGCCUCGGCGUGAUCAUGUACAUCCUUUUGUGCGGCUAUCCACCGUUCUACGGGAAUUGCGGUACCGACUGCGGCUGGGAGAGGGGAGAGAACUGUCAGGCGUGCCAAGAGCUGUUGUUCACCAGUAUUCAAGAGGGUAGGUACGAGUUUCCGGACAACGAGUGGAGAUGCAUUUCCGAGGACGCGAAAGAUCUGAUCAGAGGCCUACUGGUCAAGGAAGCUCAUCAGAGGCUGAGCGCCGAAUCCAUUCUGAAACAUCCGUGGAUCAAUCCGGGCCCCAGUUCGGUCGAUAACACCGAGAAAUCUCUCACGACUCCUCACAUCAUCAGGAGGAACAAUUCUGCGAGAGAACUUUCGACGUUUGCCGAAUCGGCAAUGGCUGUGAAUCGCGUGGUACUUCAACACUUUUCCGUGAAUCUGGAGGAAUUGACGGAAAACAGGGAGCCGAGAUUGUCGACCUCCUCCACCGACGAAGAUAAUCAUCCGUACGGGCACAUGUCCGAUUCGAGCAGCGAGCUGUCCGAGCACGGCAAACAUUGCGCCACCCAUUCUUCCGGCGAGUUCGAGGGGAACAACGUGCAUCGGCGGGAGUGUUGCUCGAUUCGUUCGAGCAUCGAUCUUUCCGAUCCGAAGACCAUCGGCAAGAAUCGUUUGAUCGGAAAGGAUUCGUCGCUGCAUCAGCUGUUCGGUUUAUCACCGCCCAGCGAGAGCCGGCUGAUGCAGCGACGUCUCAAGGCGCGUUCCGAUCUGCUCGUACGACAAACCAACAAAGCGGCUGCGAUCGCGUCUCCAAGUGGCUGAACACGACCGACGAAACCGACGACGCCGACGACACCGACGACAUCGACGCGACCGACCGUCUUUCCAUCUCCGUGCGGUUACGCCUCCUUUCUUGGUAACGCUACAAAUAACGUUCGUAUUUACACGUUUGCGUAUAGGAAUACGAAAGCGUGCAGCAGCGAUUUUAUCCAUCGACGGUUUAUCAUUGAUAGCGACAAGGUUCGCACGACUCCGCGUAUCUCCGAUCUUGUACGAUCAGGCUGGUUUAACGACACGCGAGAACACUUGAACACAGACUACGACCCGCGACUGGAACCAUCCUGCUGUGUAACGGUACGUCGACGCGACCGACGACGACGACGACGACGACGACGACGAUCGCGAUCGCUACGAUAACAAUGGUUUGGCUUCGUUGUCCGUCGUGCCUGCCAGGGCAUCCAACUUUCCACCUGCGUCGUUGGAUGCGUUUAUUCGGGUUGUGUUCCACCCUCGUUCGACCCUCGUGCAAUGCUUCCUAUCCACGAUCUGCACCACGCUCGCGCAAACAUUUCGAGAUCGAGAUCGAGAUUACGAAUUUGAUUUCAUUUGAAAAAAUCUGCGCGAACCGAACAACUUCUUACACGAGGGUCGCGGUAAGUUACGCGAGUAAGCGAGUUAACGAACGAACAAUCGCGAAUACGUUUCGGUUAAAUCAUAGAUUAUUUGGCGGACACGACGGAUACGAGUAUAUCGACGAUCGCGAGAGAAGAGUAUGUUCGCAUUAUAUCUUGUAGUUUUCGCGAGAUUUCGAAGACGGUCCGAAUUUCUCUUGUCUCGCGAACGUAAUUGAUAGGGCGCAUGCUCGAAACCCGACGGAUUCGCGAGAACACCAGAAAUAGCGAGUAGCGCCGACAAAUCAGACAAAUAAUACAAACGCGUUCUUUGGUGCAUGUUACGAAUAGUUUGCUCAGUAGGAAUCUAAGGAUGUAGUAGACUGUAAGUUCGAAAACGUCGCGAGUAUCGUGUCCGAGAAAGGAACGAACGAGUUUUGCAUCGAGAGAGAACAAUAGGGGUGAUAAUUACGGCCAUUUCUUUUGUAAAUGUCUUUUAAGUAUCUUUGUAGGAAGUUUAGCACGUAAGGAAGAUUAAAGAUUAGUUUAAAGAAAAUACGAAAAGCCCAAAAAAAGGUGAAAAAACAAACAUUACAGAAAAAAGUGUACCUGCGUCGUAAGGGUGUAGAUGCGAGCGUGAGGGAAAGGUGUUGGGAAGAAAGACGAAUAGACGCGAAGAGAAAAGAAGGAGGGGGUGGGAGGGAAGAGUUAGAUGAGAUAAAAACGAUCGGAACGUUUGAAAGAGAAGAGAACGCAAAAAUGUUAGCGAGAAGUAUUCCCGGCAAACAUAGAUUAUACGAAAUUAUCAAUUAAUUACCGUUACGUAUUUUUCUAGAAUUUUAUCGAUAAAACAUCGUUUUAUCGUCUACCCGCUCUCACAGUCGCAGCCUCGUUGCUCGAGUGCCUCCGCGAGUUGCUGCUUUUCAACCAACAUCGAUCUUGCCUCGAUCAUUUUCUCCGGUUGAACGAACCUCUCGUUCCGCCGCUGUAUUCGUUUGGCAAGCAAUUCUGGUUUUCGAAAUUGUUCCAAAUUUUUCGAAAGUCGAUCGGUUUCGAGUUUCGAGUUUCGAGUUUCGAGUUUCGAGUUUCGAGUUUCAAGUUUUGCGCGUUGUUGGUCCGCGCUGUGAGACGGGCAUUUUUUACUCAGGGGAGUUCUAUCGAGCCGCGUAAAUUCGAUUUGUUAAUCGCAGAUUUAUCGCGUUCGGGAAAACCUACGAAGGUUACGGAUAGAUUUUAGGAUAACGCAGCAGGUGUGUACACGCUCCAAGUCGAAGCCUGCCGAAAGUCACUGGUCGAUGCUCGGUGUUCUUCCUUCUUUCGACGUAGUCCUGGAAAACGUUUAUUCUGUGGCGACGGUCGUCCAUGGCGCGCGUUAUAAUUUUCCUCUCGCCAACCAUCGAUCUUUUCGAAGGGAAAACCAUUUACUCUAGACUCCGUACUAUGUCGGACAGAAUGAAACUAAACUAAACUAAACGAAACGAAACGAAACGAUACCGAACACAGUGUAAUCGAGACGCGACGACGAAUUUUCGACCGUUCGAUUCGUCCGAGUCUACGAAUCUUUCGAAGUCGUUGAAACCAGCCGUUUUAUUUUUACGAUACACGCGUACGAAGUAGAGUGCGAAAACUAAAUUAACACGCCGCACGAUAUUUAUCGGUCUUGUUUUCGUAAGAUCCGAGAAACGAUACUACCAUCGUCGUCGCGUUCGCUACCGCUUCUUUCGUCUCCUCCUUUUUUCUCUUCCUUUUUUUUGCCUUUUCGUUAUUUAUCUUUCUUUUGGAAUUCGAUGGAUUCUCGCGUAGAAGCUUUUUGGACGAAAAGACGGUCGAUCAUCGGUUCUUCGCGGUUCGCGUGCUACCACUUUGUAAAACUUUGUUCGAGCAUUGCCGAUAACGACGCGAACGGUUACUCUCGCGACGAACGCCGGCUCGGCGUACGCGGCGCAUACAUAGAGAAGAAGGUCUAGUACCGACUAACGCGUGAAAAUUGGUAAACCAAAGGACGAACGGUAAUAAGAAAAACCCUAUAAUUUACUAAAAAUGAAAAGCCAGAACGCAGAUGAGAAAUCUACGGCCAUAACAUAGUUCUAUAAUCGUAAUAUUUGCGUGCGCGUCGUUGAAUGUGUAUUACGCGUACCAGGGACAAAUUGAACGACGCACGGACACUCGGAUAGACAGAGUAGAAAGACGAAAAAAAAUACAAAGUUAAGAACGGUGGCCUGUUUGCAUGUCGAUACGAAAAUGAGCCGUGAAAAUGAGAAUUGCGCGAGUAUGAGAGUACGAGAGUAUGAGAAUCGUGCGAGUAUGCGAGUUUGAGAGUUCGCGCGUACUCGCGUGUGCGUGCGCGUAGGAGAAGAGCGAGAUAGAGAGACUGAGAGAGAGAGAGAGAGAGAGAGAGAGAGAACGACGAACGAUGUACGCGAAAUGCGAAUUUGUUCUCGUACGAGAACAACGAUGCUAGGCGUUUAAGCGAAACAUGUUUCUAAUAGAUUCGUCAGGUUUCGAACCAAGAAACCGCUGUGCUACAUACCGACGAAUCUUUCCUCUUGAAAAUGAACAAACGUUUGCGCACGGUACGGUCGAAUAUCCGGGGAGGAAAGCGUAGAAGCGAACAUUCAUUCGCAUCGGAUUGUACGCGAUAUUCGUCGACAACGGUGUACGAGAUAUUUUCCUUCGAAGUCAAAAUUCUCGGUUGCAAUUGCAGAUUUCACGCGUACCACUCGUUCGUACUUUUCAUAAAAUUGAUCGCUCACCAUUUCGAAUGCCGUUCGCGUAACGCUGAAACUAAUCGUCCGUUACUUCGUUACACAGACGUUGCGACGAGUCCUACGAAGUUGCGAACGCGAUUCUACGAGUCGUACGCGCACAAUCCGGUGAACAGCAUUUGUUUCUUCUCUUUUCUUUUCUUUUCUUUUCUUUUCUUCACUUUACAUUUCUACUCUUUCGUUUUCAUUCUAUGAAAACAAUGGCACAAAACAAGCAACUCGCAUACUACAUUCUUUUUCAUAUGGAAAUACGAUGCAUCGCUAUCGGUUGAUCUUUAUCGCGUUUUACCGUAUCUUCGGAUGAUUCGGUUCGAGCCGCAUAUCUGGCCAACUUAGGAAUUGCAAAAAGAGACGGAUGCUCAUCUUUUUUCAUGAAAAAGAUGCGAAAUCUUGUAAAGUUCUUCUUUGCGGGGAGCGAAGAAAGAGAAGAAGGGAGCAAUAAAAGAGCGAGAACGGAUCAGGAGUAAGAAAAGCGAGAGAGAGAGAGAGAGAGAGAGAGGAGUGCAUGCAUUUCGAAUGGCUGGCAUCGAUACAAAUUCCAUAUUUCUGCGUAAAAAAGAUCUGAUGAAAUAUCUGUGGCUCUUGCAAGGUAUGCUUGGCUGCGAUUAAGAACACGGAAGAUGACAAAACCAUAUUGCGAUACGAUCGAGAACAUUCAGCGGGCCAUCAUUGUUCUCGUGUUAAAGAUUCUGCGAGUCUUACGAGAACUGUGUAAGCUUCCUAAUAAAAUAGCAUUUAAUUGAGAAA